CUUCGUGUUCCCGUUCGUUGCUGCUGCUGCUGCCUGUCGUUGUUGCUGCAGAGCACGAGAUUGUUGGCCGCAAUGGUGAAGUUUUUGAAGCCAAACAAGGUGGUCGUCCUCCUGCAAGGCCGAUAUGCUGGUCGCAAGGCCGUGAUCGUGAAGAGUUUCGAGGAGGGAACUAAGGAGAGACCUUAUGGCCACGCCCUGGUCGCUGGAAUUGCCAAGUACCCCCGCAAGGUUAUUAAGAAGGCGUCCGCGAAGACCAUCGCCAAGAGGUCUCGCCUGAAAGCCUUCAUCAAGAUUGUGAACUACAACCACAUCAUGCCCACCAGGUACACCCUCGACGUGGAUUUGAAGAAUGUUGUCACGAAUGACAAGUUGGACGGAACCUCGAAGAAAGUAGAAGCCCGCAAGGAAACCAAGACUAUCUUUGAGGACAGAUUCAAGACCGGAAAGAACAGAUGGUUCUUCUCCAAGCUCAGGUUUUAGAUUACUUGUAGAGAUAUCCUGUUACAGCGGUUUUAGGUGACGCAGAUGGGCUAGAGCCCCGAUUAUAAAUGAACGAAACUGGAUUCCCUCAGUUAUCAGUGAUGAACCGCUUGGCUGCAUUUUUGGGGACAUGUGAGAGGACAAGGGUGGAUGUUUCCUCUUGGCUACGGUGUCCACGGGAAGACUUUGUAUUUCUGUAACUUCACUAUCGAGGAUAACCUCCACUUACUUUCGCUAUAGGGUUACAGAAGAAAUGUGAUGGAUCAUUCGCGAGUUCAGAAGAUGAUUUUGAUUCUGAGGGUGGAAAUUUUGUUCUACAAGGUACCGGUAGUAGUGUAGAUUUUAUUGAGAAUGAUGAUACAUGCGUAAUUAUAUGGCUUGGAGCCAGAGAUUUACAGUGUCCCAAUCC